AUGCGAUUAUCCCUGCCCAAAGCUGAACUGAGUGUAGAGCCAAACCCUGUGUACCCUGGAGAGACAGUUACUCUGAAUCUGACAGUAUCUGGAACUAUCAGUGAUUAUCAGCCGUCGACAUCACUGACUUCAGACAAAGAGAACAUAUUCACAGGAGACAGAGUGACACUGAGCUGUACUGCAGAGUCUCCUGGAUGGAAGUUUUACUGGUACAGACACAGACUAGACUCUACACCAGAAACCACAACCUCUGGAUACGCCUACGCACUCAGCUGGGUCAGGGUCUCUGAUGGAGGACAGUACUGGUGCAGAGCUGGGAGAGGAGACCCAGUCUACUACACCCUGUACAGUGAACCAGUCCAGAUACAUGUUACUGAGAGGCCUGUUGCUGUUCUGACCCUCCAACCCAACUGGACCCAGAUAUUCAUUAGAGAGACUGUUACUAUGAGAUGUGACAUACAGGGAGGAGGAGACUCUGACUGGAACUACAGAUGGUAUAAUAAUAGUCAGUUAGUGAUCCCCUUUAACACAAAGCCUGAGUACAGAAUCAGUCCUGUCUACUGGUCUAACAGUGGUUCAUAUACCUGUGAGGGUGUAAAGGGAGACAAGUUCUCCAAGAUCAGUGAUGCUGUACAACUGACUGUCUGUUCAGAUCUGCAGCCUUCAGUGUCUCUCAGAAUAAGUCCCAACACAACUCAACACUUUAGAUCAACGUCUCUCUCACUGAGCUGUGAGGAGAAGGUGAACUCUACCAGAUUGAGACUGAAGAGAUACACAGACAGAGGAGUAGAGUCAGGGUGUGUCUCUAACUGGGGAUCAAUAACAGGGUCUACAUGUACCAUCAGUUACUCAGACACAUGGUAUAGUGGAGUGUACUGGUGUGAGUCUGGAUCAGGAGAGUACAGUAAUGCUGUCAACAUCAGUGGCUGGUAUGUCUAUUAUGGUGAUAUGAUCCUGGAGAGCCCUGUUCAUCCCCUGACUGAAGGAGAUCUGUCUCUGCGCUGCAAAUACUGGACAACCAGCUCAAACAUCAAGGCUGAUUUCUACAAAGAUGGAAGACUCAUCAAGAAUGAGACCACAGGAGAGAUGACCAUCCCUACAGUAUCCAAGUCAGAUGAAGGAUUCUACACAUGCAAAUACCCUGACAAGGGAGAAUCACCAGAGAGCUGGAUGACAGUAAGAGUCGUAGCUCCUGGAUCCUCUACAUCAGUCCUAGUAGGAGUGGUUGUGGGUCUGGCUGUUGCUGGUGUUCUACUGGUCAUUCUCCUCGUCCGGCUGUGUCGAUAA